AUGAAUGACCAGAUACCCUCAUGGCAGCAAAUUGGAGUUGCUCGGCGAGCACAGAUCUCACGCAAGAUACCUGAUGCCUGGAAGCUCCCAGAGUACUUGCUCACCAAGAAGAACUUUCUCGAGUUACCAAAAAUAUGUGGUAUUUUGAGCAAAUCAGAGCUCGAGAUCACCGAAAAACGAGCAGUGGACAUUGUCUCUUUGGUGCAGACAGGGCUACUGACCUCCGUUGAGGUUACCAUCGCAUUUUGCAAGAGGGCUGCGAUUGCACAUCAGACGACAAACUGCCUUGCAGAAAUUCUGUUCGAGGAAGCAAUAGCACAAGCCGAAGCACUGGACGAAUAUCAACGAGUGCACCGCAAAACACGGGGACCAUUACACGGGUUGCCAGUUUCUGUCAAAGAACACAUUAGGCUUAAAGGUUCAAGGGCCACUUCCGGUCUCAUAUCUUGGGCCAAUGCAGAAGACACCGAGGAUGCACAUAUUGUGAAGAUUUUUCGAGAGCAAGGUGCAGUAUUCCACGUUAAAACUACAAACCCGCAGUCUUUAAUGUCCCUUGAGACAAACUCAAAUAUUUUCGGAAGAACACUGAACCCUCACAAUGCCGACUUGACAUCGGGUGGCAGCUCCGGCGGUGAAGCAGCUUUGUUGGCAAUGCGAGGAAGCAUCCUGGGUAUAGGGACAGAUAUUGGUGGGUCCAUUCGCGUACCCUGUGCCGCUUGCGGUAUCUAUGGCCUGAAGCCUAGUGUGGGAAGAUUACCACAUAGUGGUUUAAGUGGACUACACGAAGGCAUGCAGAACAUUGUCGGUGUAGUCGGACCCAUGGCUCUAUGCCCCGAAGAUCUGGAGUUAUUUUGCACUGCUGCUCUACGACCACAGCCGUGGCUUUAUGAGCCAUCAGUUAUUGAGAUCCCAUGGAGAAUUACAAAGUCGAUUCCUGUCCAUUUGAAGAUAGGAGUCAUGUGGAAUGAUAGCGUCGUGCAGCCACACCCUCCCGUUUCGCGAGCACUGAAGCGCACCGUUUCAGCAUUGAAAGAGGCAGGCCACUCUGUCGUGGACUGGGAACCUCAUCUACAUGAACAAAUUUAUAACGUGGCCAACGAAGCGUAUUUUCUCGAUGGCGGUGAGGAAUACUUCCAAACGCUGGAGAAAGGUAAAGAGCCCCCAGUAGCUAUGUUGAAAUGGUUGCUUGACACAAAGGCCCUUCGUCGUUAUUCCAUCGAAGAUAGCUUCAAGGUCAAUGCCACUAUUGAGAUGUUGAAGACUUUGUAUACAAAGCAGUGGAACGCUACGAAAGUGGAUGCAAUAAUCUGUCCUGUCCGCCCAACAGUUGCCGCUGUCCAUGAUGAAAGUCGAUACUGGGGGUACACUUCCGUCUUCAACGUCCUUGAUUAUUCAUCUGUCUCAAUUCCCGUCGGUACUGUCAACGAAACGGAUACCUGGGAGAAUUUCCCCCCUGCGUCACCUAAAGCUAUGAGCUCUCUUGAUGCAUGGUACAGAGAACUAUAUGACAACGCCCAAGGAUACAAGAGGUAUCAAGACGCGCCAUUGUCUAUCCAAAUUGUGGGGAGGAGACUUGAGGAAGAGAGAACUCUGCGAAUAGCCACUCUUAUCUCCCAGCUCUUGGCUGCAUACAAACCAGUCUAG